GGGAUGACUGUGGAUCCGCGACCCGCAGCAUCCAGUCGCCUCUAAGACCGCGACGUCGCGUUACUCCGCAGGACCCCAGCUGCUGCUGCUACACGAGUCGUCGCUUAAAUUUCUACAAAAUCAUUUAAAAUCGUUAAUUGAAAAUAUCCAUAGAAUACUUCCACACCUAAAGUGUUAAAAUAAUUUCGAGGCGAAUACCAUUUUUUUAUUCUGGUAUACAGAGAAAAAAAACAAAGAAAUUUCAAAAUAUUUGAAGAGUAUAUCGAAUCAGCUGAUAAUUGUUCGUUGCGACCCAGGGAGCAUUUCUUAUAGCUUCAAAUUUUCCAGUUCGAGACGUCUUACGAUUUACUCGCUGAGACCGUAAAGAAGAAAUCGCGGGAGUCAAAGCUCGAUCAGCAUUCUUCGGUAAAAAAAGAACGAAACGAAAGACGGAUAAAUAAGACGUGGAUUCGAUGACCGCUUAGAUCGGGGCGUCGCGACGUUGAGCGUAUCGUUUGUUAGCGGAAUUCGAGCGGUAAACAAGUGACAGAUAACUUCCGGGCCAAAGGCGCGGUAAGAAUCGCUGACAGAGUUAAAACCGGAUGCGAACCACACGCCGACACAUUGGAAGGGAAAAUAUUGACGGCUGUCAACAAAUUUUUCACGACAUCCCCUUUGGUUAACAAAGUCAAACUUCUGAUGACGCGUCAAACCAGCGGAGUGGUCGGCAACAGCGGGGGGGAGGAGGCGUCGGGGGGUUGUUCGAAAUCAUCGAUGACGUCGUCGACGUCGAUGCAGCCCUCGACCGGCGAGGAACAUCCGGAAAGUUACGCGUUACCGCGACCACUUCCGGUUACCGCGACAUCGGUCCUCGAAAAUGUCGGAUUGCCGACGCCCAACACGCCGAGCACUCCAUCGGGUGCGACCAGAACGCCGCCCAAUAUCCUUUUCGCAUUGCCUGCCACGCCGCAACGAACCGUUACCAGCACGAAAGGACCCGCCAUCACGAAAGCGCAGAUGAAAGAGUUUAGAGAAGCGUUCAGACUCUUCGACAAGGACGGGGACGGUAGUAUCACCAAGGAAGAACUGGGACGAGUGAUGCGAUCCCUCGGGCAGUUCGCUCGCGCCGAAGAACUCCAGACCAUGCUCCAGGAGAUCGACAUCGACGGUGACGGAAAUGUGAGUUUUGAAGAAUUCGUCGAAAUCGUAAGCAACAUGGGAGGUACGAGCGCGGAAGCUGCUACGGAGGACCAAGAGGAGAAAGAAUUGCGCGAUGCAUUUCGGGUAUUCGACAAGCACAACCGAGGCUACAUAACAGCGUCAGAUCUCAGGGCUGUUCUCCAGUGCCUAGGUGAAGAUUUAUCUGAAGAAGAAAUUGAGGACAUGAUCAAGGAAGUGGACGUCGACGGAGAUGGUCGUAUCGACUUUUAUGAAUUUGUACAUGCGCUUGGGGAGCCGGGGAUAGAUGAGGACGAAGAGGACGAGGAAGACGAACCGCAGUCCCCAGCGGACUAAAUUCUACCGUUUAUCUACCGCUUCCAUCUUCUUAGAUAGAAUAAUUUAAUACGUGCCGUCGAUAAAGAACAUAUUCUUGUACGAUACUGUGCUCUAGGAGGUUGCGAUAUUCAAUCUUCGCUAAUAAUAAUGCGAUGGCGCGGAGAAGAUAGAAAAUAGAAGAAAUCCAGUCGACCAUUUCUUCUUCAAUGCACUUUCGUAUUUACCGAAAGUAUUUCAAUACGCUACAAAAUACAUAGGGGCCAAGAGGGCAAUGGGCUUGGUUUCAUCUCACUAUGUAACAACGAGAUAUUGUACGCCUAUAUUAUAAUAAUAAAUAUCUUUUAAAAUUA